GGGAGGCAGUUAUUUUAGAUUUUACUAAGAAGUUCAGCAAAUACUUUUCAACAUUCCCUUCUGUUCUUUGUUUUUAAAGAAAGCUCUGAUUUUGUUUCAUUUUCAGCUGGAGACUUAAAUGACACCAAGCAAAGCCUACUUAGUUUAGAUUUCCAGAAAUUGGCUGGUGAAAAAAAAUCAAACAUGAAGAUUGCAGUUUUGUUUUGUUUUUUUCUGCUUCUCAUUUUUCAAACUGACUUUGGACAAAAUGAAGAAAUUCCUAGGAAGCAAAGGAGGAAGAUCUAUCACAGAAGGCUGAGGAAAAGUUCAACCUCACACAAGCACAGAUCAAACAGACAGCUUGGAAUUCCAACAAUUUUUACACCAGUAGCAAGAUUUCCUGUGGUUAACUUUGAUUACGGCAUGGAGGAAAAGUUUGAAUCCUUUUCAAGUUUUCCUGGAGUAGAAUCAAGUUAUGAUGUGUUACCAGGAAAGAAAGGACACUGUUUGGUAAAGGGCAUAACCAUGUACAACAAAGCUGUGUGGUCCCCCGAGCCCUGCACUACCUGCCUCUGCUCAGAUGGAAGAGUGCUUUGUGAUGAAACCAUGUGCCAUCCCCAGAGGUGCCCCCACACAGUUAUACCUGAAGGGGAAUGCUGCCCUGUCUGCUCUGCUACUGAACAAAGAGAACCUACCAAUUUACUUCAUAAGCAACUGCCACCUCCUCAGGUGGGAAUGGACCAAAUAGUAAGAAAAGAAGCACUUCAAUCUGAGGAGGAUGAAGCAAUGAAAGAAGAUACAGAGCAAAAGAGAGAGACCCCUGAAUCUAGAAAUCAGAGGCAGCUUUACAGUGAGGGGGACAGCAGAGGAGGAGACGGAAAGCAGCGGCCUGGAGAGGAGAGGAGGCUGGCACACCAGCAGCAACGCCAAGGAAGGGAGGAGGAGGAGGAGGAGGAGGAGGAGGAGGAGGAGGAGGGUGAGGAGGAUGAGGAAGACGAGGAGGACCGGGUAAGAGGAGAUACGUUCCGAAUGCCCUCUCGAUCCCCACUUCCUGCUCCUCCCAGAGGCACACUGCGCCUGCCAAGUGGGUGCUCUCUGUCCUAUAGGACCAUCAGCUGCAUCAGCGCCAGGCUCACCCAGAUACCACCAUUAACAGCACCACAGAUUACAAGUCUGGAGCUCACUGGCAAUUCCAUCGCCUCCAUCCCAGAUGAAGCAUUUAAUGGAUUACCCAAUUUGGAAAGGCUUGAUCUGAGCAAAAAUAAUAUCACUUCUUCAGGCAUAGGUCCAAAAGCAUUCAAGCUUCUGAAGAAGUUAACGCGUUUGAAUAUGGAUGGAAAUAAUUUGAUACAGAUUCCUUCAGAAUUGCCAUCUACAUUAGAAGAACUUAAAAUCAAUGAGAACAAUCUUCAGGCUAUUGAUAAAGAAAGUUUAUCAGACUUAUAUCAACUGGUCACCUUAGAACUGGAAGGAAAUAAUCUCAGUGAAGUCAAUGUCAAUCCUUUAGCUUUCAAACCUUUGAAGAGCCUAGCCUACUUGCGUCUGGGAAAAAAUAAAUUUAGAAUUAUACCGCAGGGUCUUCCUGCUUCUAUUGAGGAAUUACACCUAGAAAAUAACCAAAUUGAAGAAAUAACUGAAAUUUGUUUCAAUCAUACCAGAAAGAUCAAUGUCAUUGUACUACGUUAUAACAAAAUUGAAGAAAAUAGGAUUGCUCCUCUAGCCUGGAUAAAUCAAGAAAAUCUAGAAUCCAUUGAUCUCUCGUACAACAAGCUCUAUCAUGUCCCCUCCUAUCUACCCAAGUCCUUGCUGCACCUCGUGCUCCUUGGGAACCAGAUUGAACGGAUCCCUGGCUAUGUGUUUGGUCAUAUGGAACCAGGCCUGGAAUACUUGUACCUGUCAUUUAACAAACUUGCUGAUGAUGGCAUGGACCGUGUCUCCUUCUAUGGGGCAUAUCAUUCCCUGAGAGAAUUAUUUCUGGAUCACAAUGACUUAAAAUCUAUACCACCUGGGAUACAAGAAAUGAAAGCACUACAUUUUCUGAGGCUGAACAAUAACAAGAUACGUUGUGUUUCAGAUGCUGUUCUAGAGACAGUGACAAACAGAGCAGAUGGGGCCUUUCCUCUCUGGUAGAGGCAAUAAGCAGGAAAUCAAGCAGACAAGUAAGCAGGCAAGUGCUGUGCAGUCAGAAAAAUGGGUGACAAUGCAAUGAGCACACUGGGGCCUGAGGGCUGCCAGGAGACUACAGGCCACCCUCAAUGGCCUGGAGUAACAGCAGAUCCAGACCCAAGCCAGACCCAGCAGGCACAAUGUGGGCUUGCUGUGCAUGUCUCUUCUCAACUCUGCUCUGGCAGCAGAAUCCCAAAGAAAAAUGAAAAUCAGAAUGACCGACUGAAGCUUUUUUUCUUACAUGGAAGUUGUACUUAUUUCAACUGAUUUUAUAAUUUUUAAAAUAUGGCUAGCAUGGAACUUGUUCAGCCCUGAAAUUUCAUGAUGUUCUGCAUGGGAAGUUUUAAUUCCAUAAAAAAGUGAUAAAUGUCCUUAUAGCAAACACUCUUCACAAUAUAAUGUACUAAAAAACAGAUGUUCUGUUUGGCUUCAAAAAUUACACUAUAAUUACUAACACACAUAUACACUAAAGAAGUCCUGGUCUAGCCAUGAUCUAAAAAUA